GGUGUGAGCGGCAUUUCUUUGUUACCAGUUAUUGUUGACGACUUGAAAUCACUAGAAAGCGGGAUGAUUAUGUAUUCGGCUGAAGAAGACGAAAACAUUGUUGUCGUAGCCCCAGUCCUUUGGAUCGAAGCCGACACACCUUGCCAUUCCGAGUUAUGCGGACUUUUAUCACCUACUUGCUUGUAUCCCUGCCGAAAGUGCUAUAUUCUUCUUAGAAAAGGUAUCGCAAGUCAAAAGGGUGUAGAUUAUUUUGUCUUGCCACACGCUGAAAGAAAUCGUGGCCAUUAUGUCGUGGCCUCAUCGGAUUGUAGAAGAUUAUCUAUUAUACAGAAUGCACCUACCACUGGGACGAGUCUCUCUGCUAAAGACCUAUGCUACAAAGAUAGGAAAAAAGACAGACCGCUUGAAUUACAAUCGUAUGAUCGAUCAAAAGAUACUACUGUCGAAGUUCUUCAUGCCAUUUUACUUGGCAUUAGUAAAUAUAUGAUAGUCGAUCUUGUAAAAACAGUUUUAAAAAAUCGCUCUGCUAUUCUAGAUAGGCUCUCAAAUAAACUUAAACAAUACCAAGAAGAAUGUGUUGGAUUAUCUCGAAAAUUCACAAGACAGUUGCGACAUUGUGGUUCUUUUUUGGGUAGAGAUUUCAAAAUCCUAAUCCAAAUUCUUCCUAUUGUACUUUUGUCGGAUUUUUCUAACGAGGAAAUAUUAAAGAAUAUUACGGUUCUGUUUGUUCAUCUCGGAAAACUAUGUUCUUUGCUCUUCGAACGGGAAAUGAAAAGUAACUUUAACGAGUAUAUAGCAACAGUGGGUAGAGCAAUUAAGGAGUUUAUAAGUGCACUUCACUAUUACGACUUGAAUAAUGAUAUUCCUGGUCAUAAUGCUUAUACUGGAAAGGUGAAGAUUCAUCUUCUUACCCAUAUUCCUCAAGAGAUCCGUCGAUUUGGAACAUUAUUACAAUACGAGACCGAAAAGGGAGAACAAUUCAACAAGCAUAUUAGGGAGCAUAUAACAUUUACCAAUAAGCUUAAUCCUUCUCGGGAUAUCGGGAUAAAGUUUGGUAAACAGUCUAUGAUGCGUCAUGUUCUUGAAGGUGGUUCAUGGUUGAAUGAAAACAAAAUUAGAGAAAAGGCAAGAGACGAUGUAAUCUCAUUUAUUCAAUCCAUCGAAGAUAGAGUAUAUUUGGAUCUUUUGGGUGGCUCCAGAGACUUUAUCGAUAACACCGACCCUAGUUACAAAAAGAUUGGCGAAGGCUCUUUUGCUUUAUUCAGACAUACCAAUAAUGACAAUAGUUCUUUACAAGUUAAUCAACAGAAACCUUUCGUUGGCGUAGUAUGUGGGCCAAGCGUGUUAUCUGGCGAAUGUUCUUGUAACAAUUUCGAAAGAGGUUGCAUCCCUUUGAACUUUAGUCAAGACCAAGUGUUAGUUCCACUGAAUCAACUAGAAGUUGAGACAGUAUUGAACGUAUAUAGUCGAAGUGAUGGAACAUAAAUCAUCAAUCUUUUCAAAUUUGGCUCUUAUUGGGCAAUGAAAAACUUAUUUUCAUAAAGUAUUUUGUAUUACACGAAUUUCUUUUUAAAAUAAAAUGUUUACGAUAAGUUCUCUUUCAGUUACACACAAA